UGCAGCCAGGACCUUCUCAAUGAUUUUCCCGACAACAAACAAGAGAGAUUAUUGCAGUUUUGCUCUCUCGCGAGUCACAGGUGUGAGCUAUUUUCUUUAUAGUUUUGUGGAAGCCAUUUAUUAGGCAACACUAGGUUUGAAGGUACAAUGAUGGAUCAAUCCAAUUUUACAGUGAGCCCACUCGAUUUCAACUUAUCUGAGGAUGAAUAUGAUGAUGAUUAUGAGGAUACGCCGCUUGCAAAAUCUCUUAACAUCAUGUCACUCAUAGUCUACAGUCUGGCUUUUGUACUUGGAGUGGUGGGAAACGGCAUUGUAAUUUGGGUAACUGGAUUAAAAAUGAAAAGGACAGUCAACACGGUCUGGUUUUUGAACCUUGCUGUGGCAGAUUUCCUCUUCACUGCCUUCCUCCCACUCAGCGUGGCUUAUACGGCUAUGGGCUUCCACUGGCCUUUUGGCCAGUUCAUGUGUAAAUUCAACAGCACUCUCAGUUUCCUCAACAUGUUUGCCAGUGUGUACAUCCUGGUCGUGAUCAGUGUUGACCGCUGUGUAUCUGUGGUGCGUCCGAUCUGGGCACAGAAUCAUCGGAAUGUGAGACGUGCUUCUGCGGUGAGCUUUGGAGUUUGGUUAUUCGCCCUGCUGUUGAGCUCACCCUACUUCGUCUUCAAGGACACUGCACCCGACCACGACAGCCCAGACAAAAUCAACUGCUUCAACAACUUUGCAUUUUCUGAUGACUAUGUGAAACCAGAGGUAGUGGCGCUCCGUACUCUACGACAUAGAGCCAUGAUCAUAACCCGUUUCCUCAUAGGCUUUGUGCUGCCUUUUGUGAUCAUCGUUUCCUGCUAUGCGGUCAUCAUCCAUCGUCUCAGAAGAAACCGCUCAAUGUCUGGCCGAACUGGACGUCCCUUCAAGAUCAUUGCUGCUGUGAUCGCUGCCUUCUUCCUGUGCUGGGCUCCGUACCAUAUCCUGGUGCUGAUUGAGAUGGUACACCACAUGAGAGCUGAAUUCAACUCCAGCCUGCAAUAUGUCACCACUGUUGGAAUUCCCAUUGCGACCAGUUUGGCUUUCCUAAACAGCUGCCUGAACCCAUUGUUGUAUGUUUUCAUGGGACAAGACUUUAAAGACAAGGUGCGCAAGUCAAUCCUGAAGGUUUUGGAAACCGCUUUCACAGAGGAAGUUUCACGCACAAAUACCUGCACAAAUUCAAUGCCCACCAUUCGUAAUAAAGAGAACGGGAGCAAGUCCUUCUCUGAUGCGGAAGUAUAACCGUAUAACAUGAAGCACUUUUUCUAAAGGAGGACUUUACAGAGUGUCUCAUGUGGAUUUAGCGUCAUCAUAAAUUAUGAGACACAUUAACCUGAAGAAACUGGACCAAAAGAAAUUCAGUUAGUUUGAAGCUUUAAAUUAAUAAAACACUGCCUUAAUUGCUGUUAUGGGGAAAUAAUUAUUUAAUGCAGAAUUGUUAUUUACAUUUGUGUGUGUACCUACUUAACCAUAUUUUGGAGACAAAUUUGUACCCAGACGUGCGUUAAAUCUGACAGAAACUCCCAAAACCUCCUUUUAAAUACAAUAGGUUUCCAGCAUGAAGUAUACCCAUGAAGUAUUUGACACACAUAAAUUGAACUUGGUAUUGUAUGCCAUAUAUGAGCAAUUUAAAAAGUUUUUCAUGAAUUAUGCAUGUGAUGCAAGUAGCUUUUUUGUUAUUUCUUUACUGUAUUGUUGCACAUAUUUUUA